CUGAUAAAUUAUUAAUCGGGGUGACUGCUCUCUCUGGCUCUGCUGCUCCAUCCAAUUCCAUUCCUGCGCGUCCCUCCCUCCGCCUUUGCUGCUUGCUUGCUUGCUUGACUUCUCAGUUCUCAGCCGCCCCGCGCCGCCCCGCCCUCGCUCACAGAUCGAUCGAGAAAGAUAGAAAGAAAGAAAGAAAAAAGCAGGCAGGCAGGAGGGAAGGAGAAAUCGGCGUCGUCAUCAGCACCAUCAAGACAUGGGGUCUGAAUCGAAGAUGGUGCAUUCACCCUUGCUCACAUACGCCUCCAUGCUCUCCCUCCUCUCUCUCUGCCCUCCAUUUGUCAUUCUCCUAUGGUACACCAUGGUACACGCCGAUGGCUCUGUCUUGCAAACAUGGCAUUACCUGCGGCAGGAUGGUCUGCAGGGAUUCAUUAAUAUCUGGCCAAAACCCACGGCAACAGCAUGGAAGAUCAUCGCUUGUUAUGCAGCAUUUGAGGCGGCGCUUCUGCUUUUGCUACCCGGGAAAAGAGUUGAAGGCCCUCUGUCGCCUUCUGGAAACAGGCCUGUCUACAAGGCUAACGGUAUUUUAGCGUAUUCAGUAACAUUGAUCACAUAUCUUGGUCUUUGGUGGUUUGAGGUUUUCAACCCCACAAUAGUUUAUGAUCAUUUGGGGGAGAUUUUUUCGGCACUUAUUUUUGGAAGCUUUAUCUUUUGCAUUUUUUUGUAUGUCAAGGGUCAUCUUGCACCAUCUUCAACUGAUUCUGGUUCAUCAGGAAACAUAAUUAUAGAUUUUUAUUGGGGAAUGGAGUUGUAUCCACGUAUUGGUAAGAACUUUGAUAUCAAAGUUUUUACAAACUGCAGAUUUGGGAUGAUGUCCUGGGCUGUUCUUGCUGUGACUUAUUGCAUAAAGCAGUACGAAACUAAUGGAAAGAUUGCCGAUUCCAUGUUGGUUAAUACUAUAAUAAUGUUGGUAUAUGUGACAAAGUUCUUUUGGUGGGAAGCUGGAUAUUGGAACACAAUGGAUAUAGCUCACGACCGAGCUGGUUUCUACAUUUGUUGGGGAUGCUUGGUCUGGGUCCCAUCUGUAUAUACAUCUCCUGGCAUGUACCUUGUCAAUCACCCUGUGACCCUUGGAGUUCAGCUUGGUCUCUAUAUUCUUGUAGCAGGCAUUCUAUGCAUAUAUGUAAACUAUGACUGUGACAGGCAGAGGCAAGAAUUUCGCAGAACAAAUGGCAAGUGCCUGGUUUGGGGAAAAGCUCCUUCCAAGAUUGUUGCUUCAUACACAACCACUGCUGGAGAGACCAAAACCAGCCUUUUAUUGACAUCCGGAUGGUGGGGCUUAGCACGGCACUUCCAUUAUGUGCCGGAGAUCCUAGGAGCUUUCUUCUGGACUCUACCGGCUCUGUUUAACCAUUUUCUGCCUUACUUCUAUGUGGUGUUCCUUACAAUUCUUCUUUUUGAUCGAGCUAAAAGGGACGAUGAUCGAUGCAAAUCAAAGUAUGGCAGGUAUUGGAAAUCCUAUUGCGACAAGGUUCCAUUCAAGAUCGUACCUGGUGUAUACUGACCUGACCCCCCGCCGCUGCUGCUGCUGCUGGGUAUCAGUGUCCUGUUUUUCUGUUGGGGUUGAAUGUACUGUAUUAUGUAAUGCUAAUAAUGGUCGUAUCUCAUAUCUGGCCCAGUCAAGUCACCACCACCAGCGGGUGCCCUGUCUGCCUCUGAAAUUGUUUUGCUAUUUAGCGGUGUUUUGAUACCAGUAGUGCAUGUCCAAACGUUCAGACAGACACUUAAUUAGUCAGUCAGUCCUUGUGCUUGGUUUAAGAAAGCUUCGGUACAGGACACCAGCUGCAAUGUUUUAUCA